AUGACUUUUUUAGCCUCAUCAGGCGCAGAAGCUAAAAUAUGGGAUGUGCCAACAUUUUCUUUACUGGAACAGUUCAACCCAUUUACUAGUUCAAUUAGUGACUUAACUUGGAGCCAUGACGGAAACUCUAUUGCUGCUUGUUGCAGCUCAGAGAAAACUGUACAUCUACGAUUAACCAAAACUUCCCAGUCAGUUCCAUCAGAGUCCAUUGUGUUGCCAGCUGGCUGUCAGUGUCUGGAUUACAAUUCAUCAUCUCGGUUCAUACUUUGUGGCUGUGUGGAUGGGAGUGUACAUAUUUGGGACCGUAAAUCAAAAGUCAUAAAGAAAUCGUAUGGGAACCUGAAACAUCCAGUAACAGUGGCCCGGUGGAAUUGGAAUGAUACGUACAUCUCUGUGGGCUUGGAGAAUGGGAACAUAGUUCUGUAUAACGUAGCCACCAGUCAAGCUAGUAGUCCUCUGGUGGCUCCAAAUGUAAAUACAAUUAGGCAGCUAAAAUACAACCCUUACCAGAAAUCAUCGCUGGUGUCAGUCUCUGAUGAUAGUGCGGUGAACUUCUGGGAUGCAAACACACGCCGGCUGGUGCAUGCCUUUACAGAAACACACCAGGCCCCUGCUAGAGAUCUGGCGUUCUCCCCCAUUAACGAUUUUCUCAUGGUCAGCGUAGGGCUGGACAAGCGAGCUGUGUUUUAUGAUGUUCAAAACAAAAAACCCGUAAAUACAAUUGUGGCAGAGCAUCCUUUAACGUGUGUGGAUAUUAUGCAAGAUGGUGCCACUGUUGUUGUAGGCACUACAAGAGGGAGAAUUUUAUUCUACGACAUGAGACAGCCAACAUCCCCUGUGUUUAGUUUUACAGCUCACAAGUCUUCGGUGAAACACCUGAGUUUUGUCAGAAAGGAUGGGGACAAGGGUGAUUCAUUGUCAUCACUGAGCAUACGUAGGCAGCUUCCGACAACCCCAGUCACUGCUGUGGAUGCUUCCGGUCAGAAUCUCAACAAUUCUAAUUACCAGUCUCCAAGAAACAAUACAUACAGCACAGGAAUGGAUAUCUUCUCACCGAUUAGUCAUGGUGAUGGUGUGUAUUCUCCUGUAAGACAUGACAACUCACACAGCAUCAACAGCACGUACAACAGAAGCUCAGUUCUCAGCAAUAACUCUUUUCUAACUCAGGUUCUUGGUUCAGUUGACAAUGUUCACAAGGAUGUCGGCAACAAUCACAGCAGCAGUUUGUAUACCAUUGGAGAAAUUACCGAGGGAAAAACCAUUCCAACUGCUGUUGAUGCGGCCAGCUCACUACCUGAAAAAGAAACUUCUCAAAGCCCGCCAAAGCUUCAGCCUCCGAGGGGCAUUGGGGCAUCCCCCAGUCUUCAACAGUUGUCUUCAAAGAUAGAGAAUGGUGGGGAUUCAACACCGGGAAUGCACAGAACAUCGCCAGAGAAGAAACUCAGAACAUCCCCGGGGUCUGUAGCCAUGUCACCAACUGCUGGCCCACUUUCUCGGCCUGGCAUCCCUUCUGCAGACAGGCCAGAGAUUUUAUCUACAAAUUCCGUUAAUGGCAGUGCUUCCGGAGGACAUGUUUUCAGGCUAAUUAUCAUCUCAGACAUGCAUGUUAGUUAUGUAGAUGCGAUCACAUGUGCAUUUUCUGUUUCAGGACCAACCUCUUCAUCUCCCUUGAGAUCCCCAAACAGUUUACAUCACAACAGACCUUCCUCAGACCCAGCACCUACAACAACUUUAGCAGCAGCAUCAACAGUACGUCUGUUGGUGCAGGACUUGCUGAAAGAACAGUUCCAGCAGCACCAGGAGCAGCUGAAGAUGGAGAUCAGAGCCAUGCUGGGCCAUCCUACUGCCUCUCAGGCUUCAAGCUCAGCCAGCCUCAGUCUCCCCAACCAGAGCAACCCAGGGAUGUUCCAGGCAGAGUUUAUCAGAAAUCUCAUCAGAGAGGAGUUGGAUGAUAUGAAAGACUUCAUACACAAAGAGUUUUGGUGCAUACAGGUGGAGAUGAUUAAACAGAUCUUCCAGCUACAGAAAAGAAUGGAAGCUGGAUUUCAAGAGUGUAUGAUCAACCCUGUACUUCUUGAUGAGAUAGACAGGCUUCGAGAGGAGAAUGCUCGGCUGAGAAAAACAUUUUAA